AUGCCACGGACAGGCGAAACUUCGAACUACAUCUUCAUUCAAGACAUUGUGGACGUGCGCGUCGGAAUACAAGCUGCUCAUGCAUUUGAAUCGAUGAAGAAAAGCGACAGCAGUACCGAUGACCGUUGUCACCAACGUGGAUUUGCAUCAUCAACUGUUUUACCGACCUUCGUGUAUCCUGAAAGAAUCGAUCGGAGUUGGGCUGAAUUCCUGUUUCCAUUCUCGGUGAACAUCCGAAGGCGACAUUUCGGUGUUCUCUACCACAUACGAAAGACGCUUGCACCGUUCUUGUAUGCUUCCGAAACGAGGGAAAUUUCUUUGGAGCAGUAA